UCGGCUGAUUGGAGAGUCAGUAACUAUGGAUAUGGCAGCAGUGAUGGAAAUGAGUUGUUACAACCUACAGUCUCCAGAAAAGGCUGCAGAACAGAUUCUGGAAGAUUUGAUCACUAUUGAUGUGUAAGGAGAAUUUAGGAGAAAAUGUGAUGGAGGAUAUUUGCAGUAAGCUGCAGGAGAUCAAGAACCCAAUCCAGGCCAUUGGACUACUUGUGCGGGAAAUGGAUUACGAGACAGAAGUGGAAAUGGAAAAGGGGUUCAAUCCAGCUCAGCCUUUGAAUAUUCGAAUGAAUCUUUCCCAGCUGUAUGGUGGCAACACAGCAGCAUGUAUUGUGUGCAGAGGUGUGUGUAAAAUUGCCAGUACUCGCUUCCUCAUCUGCCGAGACCUUUUGAUCUUACAGCAUCUGUUAAUGAGGCUGGGAGAUGCCGUGAUCUUGGGAGCUGGUCAGCUAGUUCAAGACCAGCAAGACCUACUACACCGAACAACUCCUCUACUCUUAUCUUAUUAUCUCAUUAAGUGGGGAAGUCAAUGCCUGGCAACUGAUGUUCCAGUUGACACGUUGGAGUCCAAUCUCCAACACUUGUCAGUACUGGAACUAACUGAUUCUGGUGCUGUAAUGGCAAAUAAAUUUGUAUCUAGCCCUCAAACAAUUGUGGAAUUAUUCUUCCAAGAAGUCGCGAGAAAACAUAUCAUAUCUCAUCUCUUCUCUCAACCAAAGGCACCUCUGAGUCAAACUGGGUUGAACUGGCCUGAGAUGAUUACUGCAACUACCAAUUAUUUAUUGCAGCUUUUAUGGCCUAGCAAUCCCGGUUGUCUCUUUCUGGAAUGUUUGAUGGGAAAUUGUCAGUAUGUACAAUUGCAGGAUUAUAUUCAACUGCUACGUCCCUGGUGUCAAGUCAAUGUUGGUUCCUGUCAAUUUAUGCUGGGACGGUGUUACCUCGUUACAGGAGAGGGACAGAAGGCUCUGGAUUGCUUCCGCCAUGCAGCAUCUGAAGUGGGCAAAGAGGAAUUCUUGGAUCGCUUGAUUCGCUCAGAGGAUGGGGAGAUUGUGUCCACUCCCAAGAUGCAGUAUUAUGAUAAGGUUUUGCGUCUACUAGAUGUUGUUGGUUUGCCUGAGCUGGUUAUUCAGUUGGCUUCGUCAAUAUUAACUGAAGCAGGUGGUGACUGGAAAAGUCAGGCUACUUUAAGGACAUGCAUUUUCAAACAUCAUUUGGAUUUGGGUCACAAUAGCCAAGCCUAUGAAGCCUUAACCCAAAUUCCUGAUUCUAGCAGGCAGUUAGAUUGUCUGCGGCAGCUGGUGGUAGUUCUUUGUGAACGCUCACAGCUACAAGAUCUUGUAGAGUUUCCCUAUGUGAAUCUGCAUAAUGAGGUUGUGGCAAUAAUUGAAUCUCGUGCGCGAGCUGUGGACCUUAUGACUCACAAUUACUACGAGCUCCUCUAUGCCUUUCACGUUUUUCGCCACAAUUACCGAAAGGCUGGCACAGUGAUGUUUGAGUAUGGAAUGCGUCUUGGCAGAGAGGUUCGAACUCUGCGGGGACUUGAGAAGCAAGGCAACUGUUAUUUGGCUGCUGUUAACUGUUUACGACUUAUUCGUCCAGAAUACGCGUGGAUUGUACACCCAGCAUCGGGUGCAGUGUAUGAUCGUCCUGGAGCAUCCCCUAAGAGGAAUCAUGAUGGAGAAUGCACAGCUGCUCCAACCAAUCGGCAGAUUGAAAUUCUAGAACUGGGAGACCUGGAGAAAGAGUGUUCCUUGGCCCGUAUUCGCCUCACUCUGGCUCAGCACGACCCGGCAGCAGUUGCGGUUGCAGGAAGUUCAUCAGCAGAGGAGAUGGUCUCUCUCUUGGUUCAGGCUGGCCUUUUUGACACUGCCAUAUCACUCUGUCAGACUUUUAAGCUUCCCCUAACACCAAUCUUCGAGGGACUUGCUUUCAAAUGCAUCAAGUUGCAGUUAGGAGGUGAGGCGGCACAAGCAGAAGCCUGGUCCUGGCUAGCUGCCAAUCAGCUCUCAUCUGUCAUCACCACUAAGGAGUCUAGUGCUACAGAUGAAGCAUGGAGACUAUUAUCAACUUAUCUGGAAAGGUACAAAGUCCAGAAUAAUUUAUAUCACCACUGUGUAAUCAACAAGCUCUUGUCUCAUGGAGUACCUCUGCCUAAUUGGCUUAUAAACAGUUACAAGAAGGUUGAUGCUGCUGAGUUGCUCCGUUUGUACUUAAACUAUGACCUUUUAGAAGAAGCUGUGGAUUUAGUUUCAGAAUAUGUGGAUGCUGUAUUGGGGAAAGGACAUCAAUACUUUGGAAUUGAGUUUCCACUGUCUGCAACAGCUCCAAUGGUGUGGCUCCCAUACUCUUCUAUUGACCAGCUUCUCCAAGCCCUGGGAGAGAACAGUGCCAAUAGUCACAACAUUGCUCUAUCUCAGAAAAUACUUGAUAAAUUGGAGGACUACCAGCAAAAAGUUGAUAAGGCAACACGGGAUUUAUUAUAUCGUCGGAAUUUGUGAUCCGGAUGGUUGCCCAGCCUUUGUAACCGCUUGGUGCCUCUUAGGGCUUAAGACUUUACCCUACAGGAACUGUGUAUUCCAGGACAAUUUUUAUAUCUGUAAAUGAUGUAUACGACAUCAAGCCUGCAUUCUGUGCAAAAGAGGAGGGCAGAUGAGUCAGAACCUGUGCUUGCUGGCGGUGCUAACACACAAUUUCUGGUUUUCAACCUUGGUCUCAAACAGCUGCUUUUGUAUAUGAUUCACAAGCUUUUUUAGAGUUUCUAUUUUUUUAAACUACCGAAGACAUUCUUUAUCUGCAAAUUAAAACCCACCCUCACUUUCCAAAAUAGCCGAUGGUGGUUGGUUGGUUGUAGCAAACCACCAAAAGCAGUCACUGCAAAUCCUGCCAUUCUUCCCUAUCACUUUUUGUAUUUCAAUGGAAUUAUUUUGGUCCAGAACUGACAUGUAUUUUCUGUAUUGCAAACAGAGGCUAAUGAUUUUGCAUACUCUUUUCAUUAUUUAUUGUGGAGUUUUUGUAUGAUCUUCAAUAAAGUAUUAAAUAAUUUGCCUAGAUUAAACCUAAAAUGAUGACCAGCUGUCAAAGAAGAUACGUUAUUUUGAAUCUGGUUCUGAGGCUAAAGUUGAGUAAACUCUUAGCUAAGAAAAAAAUUGGAAAUUUUAUCUAUACGAAUAACCAGUUUUGAAAGUAAAUUCUGUUAACUUAUAUGAUUUAUGAUAAUCAAGCCGGACUUGAUCAUACUACUUGUGUAAUAAUGUAUUGGACCAAAAUAUAAACUUUCCUGGUCAGAUUCUGAAGUAUUCAUGCCCACAAAUUUUGGGAAAGGUGAAAAAUAAAAUCUUGGAUUUUAUUCUGUAUAUUAAAAUUUAUCUUUUAAGGAAACAGUCUGUAUAUUACUUGCUUGUAUGCCCUUUGACCUCUUUUGAGUUUUCCAUAAGGCUUUAAUUUUUAUACUGUCAAUGCCGUAUUUACAUUAUAUAUUUUAAAUAACAAUGUGAGCUUCACUGUGGUACCAUUUA